AUGAGCUACCCAGGAUACCCUCCUCAGUCCGGUGGAUACCCACCACAGGGAGGAGGCUACCCACCUCAAGCAGGUGGAUACCCGCCCCAAGCAGGUGGAUACCCUCCCGCAGCCGGUGGAUACCCACCAGCAGCCGGCGGCUACCCCCCCGCAGCAGGGGGCUACCCCCCACAGGCAGGCGGAUACCCCCCACAGGCUGGAGGAUACCCACCUCAGGCUGGUGGCUACCCUCCAGCAGCAGGCGGUUACCCACCAGCAGCAGGAGGCUUUCCUUCUCAGCCUGGAGGCUACCCUGCACCAGCUGGAGGUUUCCCUCCUCAGGCAGGAGGGUACCCAGCGCAGUCUGGUGCAGGAGGCUUUCCCUCCCAGCCGCCAGCAGGUGAGAUUACAACUAUUUCAUGUUGAUAAUAUGUGCAGCCACAGUGAAAAAUAUACAUGUAUUAAAAAUAGCAAAAGAUAAGAGUCAAGUAACACCAAGAGUAGGAUAAGAAAACUGACAAAUGAGGUGGAGUUGUGAUCCUCUUUAAGAAGACAGUCAUUUAUAAACAGGGUUGUCCUAUAUUUGGGUCGCUAUGGGAAAAGUCCCCCAGCAGUCUGAGCCUAAAGCAGCAUAACUAGGAAACAUCAUGACUCAAAAUAAGUUUUUAUCCUCCACAGAUUUUAAUGUUUUGUUGAUCUCUUUCUUUGCAGCAGGAGGAUGGGGUGCAGCACCAGGUGGCUUUGGAGCUGUACGUAACUUUUUUUUAACAUAUGAAAUAACUUAAGCUGAAGCUCCUCUUUGCUUUGAUCAACUUACCUCCACCAGUCAUUCUCUGUUCAGAUUUUCACCCUUGUUUUUGAACUGUUGUCUUUUAGCAGCCAGGAGGAGCUCCGCAGGGAUACCCAGGGGGCCCCGCCCCGAGUCAGCCCAUGCCAAGUUACCCUGGGGCUCCUGCGACUAACCCCUCCAUGCCUGCAUAUGGAGGUGGAGUUCCAUCCAACCCUCAGGCACCUGCUAUUCCUGUAAGAAAGAUUUGUUUCCAAACUAGAAAAUGCUGCUUUAUACACCUUUACAAACAUGUUUUUUCUAAUAUUUUUAUGUUUUGUUUUAUUUCCAGAAAGGUUUUAGGGGUACGAUUAAAGAUUAUCCCGGAGCUGAUCCACUGAGGGAUGUUGAAGUUCUUCGGAAAGCCAUGAAGGGUUUUGGUUAGUAGAUAAACUCUUAUACGACAUUGUCACUUGAUAUCAACGAGGAGUGUAUUUACAUAGAUGUUUUUGUAACGCAGGCACUGAUGAAAACGCCAUUAUUGAACUGCUGGGGAGUCGUAGCAACAAGCAGAGGGUUCCAAUGGUAGCAGCUUACAAAACAACUUACGGAAAGGUGAUUUUAAAAAAUAUUCUGUGUUAUAUUCUGCAAUCUUUGCCUCUCAUUGAUCUAUAAAGCAGCCAUUUCCAUGCUGACGUCAGGGUUUUUUGUUGUUUUAUUUUCCCCUCUCAGGAUUUGAUCCACGAUCUGAAGUCUGAGCUGACUGGAAACUUCGAGAAGCUGGUUCUUGCCAUGAUAAAGAGCCCCUCACACUUUGAUGCCUCUGAGCUCAGAGAAGCCAUAAAGGUCUGUGACUCUGAGUUGUUGUCGAAGCACAUGCUCUAAUUGUGGUUUUGUAGUCCAAACCAAGUUGUGUGACUCAUCAUGGAAAGAGCAAAUAAGGGCAAAGUAAAUCCUCCAGAGGCUAGAGAAAGCUCCACAAGCUGAGACCUGUCUUACUCCUUGGAGCACUUGUAUCUUUAAUGGCUUACUACGGAUUCUUUAUCAUCUUCAGGGUGCAGGAACUGAUGAAGCAUGUCUGAUUGAGAUACUGUCAUCCCGCUCUAAUGCUGAGAUUCGAGAAAUAAGCGGAAUCUACAAAGCAGGUGGGUUCAAACUUUAAUAAUUUACAGGUUCGGUUGAAGUUUUGUGCGCAAAGAAACUCAAAAUGGAACAUAACGUCAUGAAGACACAAAAAUCUGACCAUUGUUGACAUAGAGCUUGUUGACAUCGUUUGAUAUUUGAAUCAAAAUCAUAAUAAAUCCCUCGUUUAGAUAAUGCGGUUGCCCUUUUAAUAUACCUAGACAACUGAUUAUGGGAAAUAGAUACCCUUUUGUUCAUGUAAAUAUGAUGCAAAUGAAAGCGUGGUCCUGAAAAGCUGCACCUUCUCUCUAGAGUACGGGAAGAGCCUGGAGGAUGCGAUCAGCAGCGACACCUCCGGUCACUUCCGCAGGCUCCUGAUCUCUCUCAGUCAGGUAGCUGCUGCAUGGUUUACCCCAGAAUCAAAACACAAGCCGUCUCACAACAAAUUCACUAGCACACUCUCAUGCCCACAGUUUGUGUCUUUUAUGAGCUCAACAUGCCUCCCUUUCUCCCUGUAGGGAAACCGUGAUGAAAGAGAGACAGUCGACGUCUCCCUGGCCAAACAGGAUGCUCAGGUAUCAGUUAAAAGUUUGUUUGCCGUUGUAACGUUCUUUGAGAGUAAUAAACAAGCCCGAUCAUGUUUUUUUAAUCUGCGUGUGUCUGCGUGGGCGACAGAAACUGUAUGCAGCUGGGGAAAAUAAAGUGGGGACAGACGAGUCCCAGUUCAACGCCAUCCUGUGUGCUCGCAGCAAGCCUCACCUCAGAGCAGGUGUGUAAAGUCAGCAGUUUUAACACCAGAGCUCUGCUUUGUCUUUUCAGUGUCAAAUCUAACAAAAGUCACAUUUUCAGCACAUGUGUAUGUUUAAAUAUUAUGACUGUAACUACAUCCCCCUGCGGCACUUUGUCUUUAUUAGUCUUCCAGGAGUACCAGCACAUGUGCGGCAGAGACAUUGAGAAGAGUAUCUGCAGGGAAAUGUCUGGAAAUGUGGAGUCUGGCAUGGUGGCUGUGGGUACGUUCUUUAGGUCUCUUUUUCCAAACCACAACCAAACUGAAGUGUCUUUUCCAACACAUGUUGAACCCCAAACGGUGAUGGAGUUUGAAUUGCAAGACCUAAAAGGACAAGAUCACAUGUCUUAUCAAAUCAAGAGUCUAAGCACAUUUUUGUUGUGUAUGAUUUCACUUACUCCAGUUGACAAUGUGGUAAAAAUGUCUUCAAAAGCAUAUGAUGUGAAUGCAUAGUGUAACUUAUUUGUAGGUUUCGUUGAUAGCUGGUUGAAAAGCAGGAUAGUGUACAGUAAGCAGGUCUUUAUAUGGAAUAGAAUCUCUUCAAGACUCUGCUUGUCGUUAUUCAACUUUGCUUACCACUCCACUCCCUAUACAUUUUUCCAUACUCAGUGUCAUGCUUCAAACCUCUCCUGGACUGAUUUCAACAACGUCUUACAGAUGCCAACAAGCUGCUGUCUGACCUACAUUCUUAAACUAGACAAUUGAUGAAAAGCAAGAAUUUGGUUCGACGAUUCAAUGCUGUGCAACUUCCACUUUGUUAUUGAUUAACAUCCUGCAUGUUUUGUAAAAAUGAAGCGAGUCGAGUAUCAAUUUGAAGAGAUAAGUAAUUAGAGUUUAUAAUGUUGCUGUGGCGCCAUUAUUAAAGUUCAUGAUGAUGUAAAACUAGGUCGCUGAUAUGCGGUGCAUGAAGCUACUUGAUACGAGACACACCUACAAACAUUUGGCAGCCGAUGAAAGAAAAAAGACAAAUUAUCUUUAGAAAUGUUCAGUGUGUGCAGUUUUUUAUAGGUGUUAUAAAGUUGAAUCGAUAACAGUGCUUGACAUGUAUUUUGUGAAUUUUCCAAAGCAGCAAAUGUGCAUGAGAACGAAACAGAGAGAGGCGUUCACGUACAACAAAUUAAUUACAAUACAUUAACCUCUCUGUCUGUAACCUAAUUAUUUUUGGUAUGUAUGUCAGACAACAAACAGUUCUGUACGGUCUUUUCAUGCACCUCUUUUGUAGUUUGUCCCUUUUCACUGAGACCAAACGGGGACAUUAGUCAGAAGCCCCUUUCACAUUUCAACUCCUGGCGGUUUUUAAGCCAUUUUCAGGAACUUGUAACUCUGCUAUGUGAGAAUAUUCGUGUUUGACAAGCUCUCACAGCUUGAAAUAUGACAGCUAUGAUAUAAGAGGUUGACACAUAAAAAACAGAUAAAACCAAGGUGAAAAAAAAAUCAGCCACUAGAGUGAUGUUUGGAGACUUCCAGGAGUGACAUGCAUGUGUGAAAAGGGUUUGAUUUUUCCGAUUCCUCUGAGGUUCUUAUCUGUUUACUUCUGCUCUUUUUCCUCCAGUGAAAUGCAUCAAGAACACCCCCGCCUACUUUGCAGAGAGGCUCCACAAAGCUAUGCAGGUAUGUUUAAUCCUAAUCGUCUGCUUCCAGCGCUGCCAUAUGUUUGUAGAAGGAGUCUAUUUCACUGCUGCAGUCUGUGGAGUGUUAAAAUUUGAUAUGUCGACAGGGAGCAGGGACCAAGGACACAACCCUGAUCCGUAUCAUGGUGUCCCGCUCUGAGGUAGACAUGCUGGACAUCAGACAGGCAUACUUGCAGGCUUAUGGGAAAUCACUGUUCACUCAUAUCUCAGUAAGUCCCACAUUGUUUUUUAAAUUUACAGACUCGUUUACUUUAUAUCUCUGUUUUUAUUGAAACAUGUAAUUAUUUUUGCUUUUUUCUCUUCAGGGUGACACCUCCGGGGAUUACAAGAAGCUGCUGCUGAAGCUGUGCGGAGGUAGCGACUAG